AUGCUGGGCGAGCCCGGGGAACGUCCCUCCGCCCCGGCGUCGCGGCCCCGCCGCCGUCAGCCCGAGCCCGGCGCUGCCCUCCGGCCCGAUAGCGGGCAGGGCUUCCCCCGCUCAGUGAACUUCAUCGCGGGGAUCCGCGCGUUACCCCGCAGAUGUUGUGAGCUCCCCGUGAUGCGCACUGGAGAAGGAGUGUUUUCUGAGAAAGUUGAGACCGGAGGUCUUAAACCUCUCUAUGCUAAGUCUGCAGAGAGAAUCUGCACAGCGUUGCUCUGGAUGUUCGAGCAGAACUGGGAAGGAAUUGUGGGCAAUUCUUUUGGAGCUAGUGGACGUGGGACCUACCGGGCAAUUUUUAGAGAUGUUCAAACAUUAACUCAGGAGAUGGGUGAUAGGAAACCAGAGGACAGUGUCCAUUUUCCGGAUACAGAAAGAGCAGAAUGGCUCAACAAGACUGUAAAACAAAUGUGGCCUUUUAUUUGCCAAUUUAUUGAGAAACUCUUUCGGGAGACCAUAGAACCAGCAGUAAGAGGAGCGAACAACCACCUCAGUACCUUCAGUUUUACAAAGAUUGAUAUUGGUCAUCAGCCUCUGAGGAUAAAUGGUGUAAAAGUGUACACUGAAAAUGUGGACAAAAGGCAGAUCAUUUUGGAUCUUCAGAUCAGUUUUGUUGGAAAUUGUGAAAUUGAUUUGGAGAUCAAGAGAUACUUCUGUAGAGCUGGUGUAAAAAGUAUACAGAUCCAUGGUACUAUGAGGGUUAUCCUGGAACCACUAAUUGGAGACAUGCCCCUAAUUGGUGCACUAUCACUUUUUUUCCUUAGGAAACCUCUUUUAGAAAUAAACUGGACUGGACUGACCAAUCUUCUCGAUGUUCCAGGGCUGAAUGGCUUAUCAGACACAAUAAUACUGGAUAUAAUAUCCAACUACCUGGUCCUUCCAAACAGAAUUACAGUCCCCCUCGUCAGCGAAGUGCAGAUCGCUCAGCUGCGGUUUCCUAUACCAAAGGGUGUUGUAAGGAUACAUUUUAUUGAAGCUCAGGACUUGGAAGGUAAAGAUACUUACCUAAAAGGGAUUGUCAAAGGCAAGUCAGAUCCUUAUGGAAUCAUUCGUGUGGGCAACCAGAUUUUCCAAAGCAAGGUCAUCAAAGAAAAUCUCAAUCCAAAAUGGAAUGAAGUUUAUGAGGCCUUAGUAUAUGAACAUCCAGGACAGGAGCUAGAGAUUGAGCUCUUUGAUGAAGAUCCAGAUAAAGAUGACUUCCUUGGAAGUUUGAUGAUAGAUUUAAUUGAGGUUGAAAAGGAGCGACUUUUAGAUGAGUGGUUUACUUUGGAUGAGGUGUCCAAAGGAAAACUGCAUUUAAAACUGGAAUGGCUCACAUUGAUGCCAACAGCAGAAAACCUAGACAAGGUAUUAACAAGCAUUAGAGCUGAUAAAGACCAAGCCAAUGAUGGGCUGUCUUCUGCAUUGCUUAUUCUCUACUUGGACUCAGCAAGAAACCUGCCCCAUAAUCCAUUAGAAUUUAAUCCUGAUGGCUUGAAGAAGUCUGCUGUUCAGAAAGCCCUAAAGUCAGGAAAGAAACUAAACAGCAAUCCCAACCCACUUGUUUUGCUGUCAGUUGGACAUAAGGCACAGGAAAGUAAGAUUCGAUACAAGACCAAUGAACCAGUGUGGGAGGAAAACUUCACUUUCUUUGUACACAAUCCCAAAAGACAGGAUCUUGAAGUUGAGGUGAGGGAUGAACAGCACCAGUGUUCUCUAGGGAACUUCAAACUGCCGCUAAGCCAGUUGCUGGAGAGUGAAGAUUUAACGAUGCAUCAGCGGUUCCAGUUGAGCAACUCCGGUCCAAACAGCACUAUAAACAUGAAGAUUGCACUCAGGGUCCUUUCUCUUGAAAAGCAAGCAAGAUCUCCAGAUCAUCAACACUCAGCACAAGUGAAAAGGCCGUCUGUUUCCAAAGAUGCAAGAAAAUCAUCUUUUAAGCCUCAGGUUCCUGUCUCACCACCACUCGAUUCAAGCAAACAUGCUCCAGCUUCCCCAGCGACAGACAGUGAUAAAAAGACUGAUGUGGCUGAAAAGAGCCAGCCUCCUAAUGCGAGUCCACAAUGGCCAACAGAUCUCAGCCGAAGUUCCUCCAGUCUUCAUGCCUCUAACUUCAAUUAUUCUCCCAGCCAUCUCUCAGUCAAAGAACCAACUCCUAGCAUAGCUUCAGACAUAUCUCUGCCCAUUGCCACACAGGAGCUCCGGCAAAGACUACGGCAACUGGAAAACGGAACAACUCUGGGGCAGUCUCCAUUAGGACAGAUACAGCUAACAAUUCGUCAUAGUUCACAAAGAAACAAAUUGAUUGUGGUGGUGCAUUCCUGCAGAAAUCUAAUUGCAUUUUCAGAAGAAGGAUCUGAUCCAUACGUUCGAAUGUAUUUAUUGCCUGAUAAGAGAAGAUCGGGAAGAAGAAAAACACAUGUAUCAAAGAAGACAUUAAACCCAGUGUUUGAUCAAAUAUUUGAUUUCAGUGUUUCCCUGCCUGAAGUACAGAGAAGAACACUAGAUGUAGCAGUGAAGAACAGCGGUGGUUUCUUGUCCAAAGACAAAGGGCUUCUUGGCAAAGUACUGAUACCUCUGGCAUCUGAAGAACUUGCUAAAGGCUGGACCCAGUGGUAUGAUUUAACAGAAGAUGGUACAAGACCACAUGGUGCGAGCUAGGCCCAUGGAUGCUGGCAAUUCCCCACACCUACUUAUGCCAAGCUUUAUAUAUUUUUAAAGCAUUGCUCUCACAGAUGCACCAAUAUUAUUUUUAUAGCUUUACCAAUUUAGUUGUUAGACACAUCCCCAAUAAUUUUAUAAUGCUCGGCCAUUUUAUGUAGACAUAUCCUUUCUCAUUGUUAAACUUUGUAUUUUAAUUUGCUCAACAAUUUUACGUGUUACUGUCAUGUGCAAUAAUACAGUAAUGUAACCUUUUGUGUUUAAAUUGAUCUUUAUGGCAGUUAUACCAAUUAGAAAGUGAAAAGACGUUCUGCUGUUUUCCUGCCUUGUUUUAUAUUUCACCAAGAUAUACUGUACUAUGUAAAUAUAUACUAUUUUUUUAUAAUUCUUUCAUGCUGGUUUGAAUUCAGAAGAAAAUUGGAUAAAGGAUAUAGAUAUUUUCUUGUAAAUGCAUGUUAUUUCUUCAAAUGAAUCUCUUUUGUCUUUGCAGCACAAUGGUCUUAAUGUUUAUCAUUUUGUGAUAGUCUUCAAAAACAAAGUGCAGAAAAAUGUUUUUACUUUAUCAUGCUUCUGGCCCAGCGUGGCAAAUUUAAAAUGUACAAAACAUUAACAUUUUAAUAUUUAUAUAUAAAUGUAUUAUUCAAAAACCAUGCUAUAGAAUAUUAUAAACAAAAAGGAAAAUUCUAUAAAUAUUGUAUAAAAAGAGGUCCAUGAAUCAGUUUAUAAAUUUGAGCUUUCAUGUAAUGGAGUAAACAUUACCAACAGUGGAGUUUUAUUAUACAGGUUCAUUGGGUUUUGUUAUUUAUUCCUGCACUCUACAGUACUAGACACACUGCAGACGUGAGAACAGGGCUUUGUCCGUAUUACGAGCAGAAUCUCUAGCUAUUCAGAACUGUCCUUGCUGCCUUGUUUCUCUGAUAAGGUAUACAAAUCAGCUUGCAUUGUAAGUUCGUAUAGUGGGCAUAUGUUAUAUGUUAAAAUAACAAAACAUGUUAUUUUUAUUAUACAGUGCUGUGCUAAAUAGUUAUGAUGCUGUACCUUCUCUAAUACUACAAUGGAACACCAGUAUGUGAGAAAGUGUGAAACUGAGUUGAAACUGUCUUUACAGUUGCCUCACUGCUACUUAAUGUGUUUGGUGCAUGGAGUGGUCCACACAGCUUUCUUGAGAAAUCAUGGCAUUGUGCUGAAGCAUUGCCAUAGCCUGCUGCAAGAUCAGCAGUGCACAGUUAGCACAACCUGAUGGAAGUAGACAGUUGGGAGUUGAAGGAAGAGUAUCAGCCUCAAGAGCUGAGCUCACAACUGUAGUUUUUAUGAAUUAAGGGGAACUUUUUUGUAACUAGAACUAGUUUUCUUGACUGUUAUAUUAAAAAAAAAAAGUGCAUUAUGAAUCCAAGAGAACAGUUCAGCUCUUUCAGAGCCAGCAGCCUCCUUCUUGGAUGAGUAUGCAAUUAGACAGACAAAGUAUGUUGCUUAGUUUAAGAUUCUAGAAUGUUCUCUCAACCAAGAAAGAAUUUUAAAGCAGAAUAAUAAACUCCUGAAAUUAGCUUUAUUGUAAAAGUACUGACAGAACCUUAAUUCUAGAUGUAGAAUAUGCCUACAUGACUAGAUGUACCAAAGUGCCUACCAUAGAUUUUUGUAGCUUUUUGUCAUUUUCCAGUUUAAGAGUUUGACUCAUUUCAGUUUGUCUGAAUUUGGUUUGAUAUGAACAUUUGUCAAAUGACAUACAUACAUCUCUGUGCAGUGAUGGCCUGCGUAUUGUCACAGUUUGAACAAGACAAUUUUAGUAAACAAGCCUGAUUGUAAGAAAACAUUUCUUUUUGAAGGCUUCACUCUAUAUCACAGUUGUAUGAGUGUCUCUAUAUAUGUAUACACUCAUCUGUUCAUAUUAGAUUCCCUUUGCUAGUUCUCCAUUAAAAUGUUGGGAAUGGAAAGACAGAGAAUGAUUGUUAAUGCAGUUGAAAUGCAGAAAGUGAAAGCUGCUGUAACUAAGAGAUGCACAUGCUGUCGUUCAGCACGGCUGUCUUUGCCUUGGUUCAGCCAGAGGUGGAUGGACUUUAGUUCUUGGCCAGGACUCACCAGUUUCAUCCCUAGCCUACAAAUAAGUCAUUAGACUGAUUUGGUGUUUCAAGGUGUAAGUGAGGUGUGAGGACAGAUGUUAGAUGUUUCUGCGCUUAAACAAAAAAGAGUGUGUAUUUUGUCUUCUGAAGUCUCCAGAGGAAAAGAUGCAGUGUUUGGGUAAAUGCGAGGUGAUAUCACAAAGUGAAGAAGUGAAUAAAUUAUAUAGGAUAGGUUUUCAAAAUAGCUCAGGACCCCACAUUAGGAAUAGGAUCUCAAGAGAAGUGCAGUUCCUAAUUAAGAAUCUAAGAUGGAUAUAUAUAUAUAUUUUUUUUGUAAUUUAACAACAGUAUUUUCAGUUGACAGGUAAUCAUUUGUGGAUGAUUUUUAUUUAGAAGUGUUUUCCCCUGUGAAUUUGGAUCAGAAUUUAACUGGCUGUUCUAGGUAGUGGAAUCAAACCUCUGUGUCAUAGUUACAAAGUUCUAAGUGUUCUGUUUGUGUGGAAGAAGAAAGGACAAACACUCUUCCUCUGGACAGAUAUUGCACCUCAUUAUCAAGUCGGUGUGUUUGGUAUCAGCUGAUCUCUGUUCAUGUAGUUCUUGUUUAUUCUGUGCCUUAAAAUAUGAACAUAUGAAGAAGUUUAAGAAGUGGCUAAAACUGAGCUUUGUUACCUGUAUGUACCAACAUGUUCUCUACUGCUGAAACUGUUUUUAGAAUAACUGCUUCACUGAUGAGAAAACCAGCUCUCUUUUACCACGGUGGCAUAACCCAAACUCAAAUCAGCAUGUAUAUCACAUGAGUUUGGAAUAAAAGAAUUUUAAUUUUGUCUUGAAUCCUUUAUCAGAGCUGCAGCUAAUGGUGAGAGUUGAAUGAGAACAAAGGGUAAUCAAUUUUGUACAGAUUGCCUUUUUUGCUCAUGUAAUUCUACAUUAUGAUGCAUGUAUUUAUUCAAUAAAUGGUUCAUAUGGAA